AUGGACACCACGACAAAGCUGAGCUCCACAGCAGGGGAGAGUAAAUACUCCCAAGACAUGCAAUUGGAUGAGAAGCUCAUUCCCAGGAAAGUUCAAAGCCUAUGUUCUGUUCGCUAUGGAAUGGCCUUCAUUGUACAUCUCUGCAACAUCAUACUGAUGGGACAAAAUGUUAUCAUGAACAUCACCAUGGUAGCCAUGGUCAACAGCACAGACCAUCAGUCUCAAGGCAAUGUCUCCACUGAGGGGUUGCCUGUGAACUCAUUUGGUGGCCCAAAUGAAGCUGCAAAUAGUCUUCCUGCAGGGGUCCCUGUGUAUAAUUGGAGCCCUGAAAUCCAGGGUAUCAUCUUCGGUUCUAUCAACUAUGGCAUGAUACUGACUCUGGCUCCUAGUGGAUACCUGGCUGGAAGAGUAGGAACAAAGCGAGUGGUUGGUGUUGCUUUGUUUGUAUCUUCACUUCUCAUUCUUUGUACCCCUCUGGCAGCUGAUCUUGGACUAGUUGUUCUCAUGGUAUCUCGAAUAGUCCACGGCAUAAGCCAGGGAUCAGGAUUUGGGGGUCAGUAUGCACUUUGGGAGAAAUGGUGUCCUCCACAUGAACGAAGCAGACUCUGUGCCAUAGCUUUGUCAGGAAUGGCACUGGGACCCUUCGUUGCUAUCCUCACGGGCGGCUUCAUCAGUCAAGUCAUUGGGUGGCCUUUUGCCUUUUAUAUCUUUGGAGGUUUUGGCUGUGUCUGCAGUCUUCUCUGGAUUGUCCUGGUUUAUGAUGACCCUGUUUCUCACCCAUGGAUAAGCAUCUCAGAGAAGGAAUACAUCACAUCCUCCUUGGCCCAACAGGUCAGCGCUUCUAGGCAGUCUCUGCCCAUCAAAGAUAUAGUCAGAUCUCUACCCGUUUGGUCCUUAAUUCUUUGCUGUUUCAGCUACCAAUGGUUAAUUACUGUAUUGGUUAUGUACACACCAUCUUACAUCAGCUCUGUGUUCAACAUUAACAUCAGAGAUAAUGGGAUCGUGUCUUCCCUUCCUUUUGUUUUUGCCUGGGCCUUUGGCAUCCUAGGAGGCCAAGUGGCAGAUUUCCUUCUGACCAAGAAUUUUAGGCUUGUUACAGUGAGGAAAAUUGCCACAGUUCUAGGAAAUCUCCCCUCUUCAACACUGGUUGCUGUCCUGCCCUACCUCAGGUCCAGUUACAUUACAACAAUAACCUUUCUGUUCAUCUCUUGCGGACUAGCCUCACUGUGUCAGUCAGGGAUUUCUAUUAAUGCCUUAGAUAUUGCUCCAAGACAUUCCAGUUUUCUCAUGGGAGUCUCCAGGGGAUUUGCACACUUAGCUGCUGUCCUGGUACCCACUGUCAGUGGAUUUAUCCUCAGUCAGGACCCUGAAUUUGGGUGGAGGAAUAUCUUCUUCUUGUUGUUUGCCAUUAACACGUUAGGACUGAUCUUCUACAUCAUAUUUGGAGAAGCAGAUGUUCAGGACUGGGCUAAAGAGAGGAAAGUCACUCGUUUAUGA